AUGAAUAACAUCUCUGAAUCGUUUAAUGCAACAAUACUUGGUGCUAAGGACAAACCUACUCUAACAAUGUGUGAAUGGAUUAGGACAUAUUUAAUGAAUAGAAUUUCUACAACAACUACGAAACUAGAAAGGUGGGAACAUAGGAUAAUUCCAAUUCCUAGAAAGAGAAUGGAUAAGGAGGUCUAUAUGAGUGGGAAAUGGACUUCAAGUUGGUCUAUGGGUGAUAAAUGGGAGGUAAAAUAUGCAUACAACACUCAGCAAUUUGUUGUUGAUGUUGGAAAAAGAACUUGUUCAUGUGGGUUUUGGGAUUUAGUAGGUAUUCUAUGUAGACAUGCAUGUGCGGCAUUAGCAUAUAGGCAACAAAAACCAGAGGAGUAUGUAGAUGAUUACUACUCUAGGCAAAAAUAUGCAUUGGUAUAUAGUGUUCCAAUAAGCCCAAUAAAUGGGAUGGAUAUGUGGCCAAUAGUUGAAGCAGGUGAGUUAAACCCACCUUUGUACAAGAAGGGACCUGGCAGACUAAAGAAGCUUAGGUUCAGAGAAUUGGGUGAUGGUGGUACAAGAAUAAGGAGAGUUGGAGUUACCUAUAGAUGUACCAAAUGUGAUCAAAUGAGACAUAACUCAAGAGGUUACUUCUCAGAAUCCAGAGGCACUUAA